UUGAUGAGAGGCCACCAAGAUCCUAUUUACUUUUAGUAAUUAUGGCGGGUAUCCGGGAAGGUGUUCGCGUGAUAUGAAAGUUAGCCUCUGGUUUAGGACAGGGAGCCAGUUUGGUGUUGGAAGGGCUCCUGCGGCGUGUGCGCGAGGCGCGGGCCGGUGCGGGCCGGGCGGAGGGGUUAAGCGCUCCGCGGCGUCUCCUUUAAAAUCAAGGCCUCUGCACGGGGUCCCCGGGGGCGGCCAUCUUGGUAAAGGCCGGAGCGGCGGCGGCGGCCAGCGCGGGGUUGACGCUGGCAGGGCUGCCAGAUUCAAAGGCCACAAUGAGUGAGCGACCGGGCGACGCGAAGCGAACUUAGUCCGGCCUGGGUCCCACGUGGCCUGGGGGCUCCGGGUGGGCCGCCGACGCGGCGCCAGCUCGCGGCCAGGAUGGUGAGGCGGCGAGCGCUGAGGGGCUGCCUGCACCUGCUGGCGCCCACGGCGGAGCUGGCGCGGCGAGGCCGGGGGCGGAGGAACCCGGGCGCCGGCCAUCGUGGCCCCUCCCGCUGCGCGGGGGUGCUGGGUCCCGGGGCGCGGCGGCCCGCAGCCGAGGAGCAGCAGCAGCAGCAGCGGCGGCGGAGGCAGCGCGCACGCCCAGCCGCCUUCAGCACCAGCUCGUCACCAAAGGACAUGGAUGAAAAUGAAAGCAACCAGUCCCUGAUGACAAGUAGUCAGUAUCCUAAAGAAGCAGUAAGAAAACGCCAAAAUUCACGGAAUUCUGGAGGAAGUGAUUCUUCUAGGUUUUCCAGGAAAAGUUUUAAACUGGAUUACAGACUAGAAGAAGAUGUAACUAAGUCAAAGAAAGGAAAGGAUGGGAGGUUUGUUAAUCCUUGGCCAACGUGGAAAACCCCCUCUAUUUCAAAUGCUCUCAGAUGGCUGAUAAUGGAAAAAAAUCACAGCAGUGUUCCGACCUCCAAAGAGGAACUUGAUAAAGAACUCCCGGUGCUUAAGCCAUAUUUUAUCAACAACCCUGAAGAAGUUGGAGUGAGGGAAGCGGGCCUGAGAGUCACAUGGCUAGGACAUGCGACAGUGAUGGUGGAAAUGGACGAGCUCAUCUUCCUCACAGAUCCCAUCUUCAGCGCUCGGGCCUCCCCGUCGCAGCACCUGGGCCCCAAGCGGUUUCGCCGUCCCCCGUGCACCAUCAGCGAGCUGCCCCCCAUAGACGCGGUCCUGAUCAGUCACAACCACUACGACCACCUGGACUACAAUUCUGUCAUUGCUCUGAAUGAGCGAUUCGGGAAUGAGUUGAGAUGGUUUGUGCCUUUGGGUCUCCUAGACUGGAUGCAGAAAUGUGGCUGCGAGAAUGUGAUCGAGCUGGACUGGUGGGAGGAGAACUGUGUCCCUGGACACGACAAGGUCACCUUUGUGUUUACGCCUUCCCAGCACUGGUGCAAAAGGACUCCCGUGGAUGACAACAAGGUUCUCUGGGGCAGCUGGUCUGUCUUGGGGCCCUGGAGCAGAUUUUUUUUCGCCGGAGACACUGGUUAUUGCUCUGCUUUUGAAGAAAUAGGAAAAAGAUUUGGGCCUUUUGACCUUGCAGCUCUUCCCAUUGGAGCGUAUGAACCAAGGUGGUUUAUGAAAUACCAGCAUGUAGAUCCAGAAGAGGCUGUACGGAUUCAUGUUGAUGUUCAAGCAAAGAAAUCUCUGGCAAUUCACUGGGGAACUUUUGCCUUAGCAAAUGAGCAUUACUUAGAACCUCCAGUGAAGCUGAGUGAGGCUCUAGAAAGAUACGGACUUAAGACUGAAGAUUUUUUUGUCUUGAAGCAUGGAGAAUCAAGGUACCUUAAUACUGAUGAUUAAAACUCUUUUGAAUAAACAUGAGCACAGGAGCUUUCAAUGAAAAAGGCACCAUCUGAUAAAAAUCUGAAAAGACUAAAAUUCAUGAACAUUAUGAUUUUUUACAUUUGGAAACCACUUCUGCAAGUUUGUGUCUUAUGUUACAGUUUGCUUACUAACAUGAUGGCCAAUCAUAUAAACAGUUCAGAGAUGGGUCAUUUAAAUAAUGAAUUGGGUAAUGUGGAUUUUAAAUCACGUCUCGAUGACCUAAGUAUUGCUAUGGAAUUUUUUUUUUUUACUAAAGCAUUCUACUUUAGUGGUAGGAUUUUGACAUUAUGGAAAACUGAUUUUAAAGACUCAUUUCUGUUUUUCUAUUCUUCGGGGCCUUCUGUGAGUUGAGGCAAGGCUGUCUGCCUGUCUAGAUUUUCAGAAGCCUACACGUAGAAAUAGUUCUUAUACUCAUAUUAGAGUAAAUGAUGACAUUCCCACAUGCUUAGAGCAAUGAUUGCUCUAUCAAGAUUAGUUUAUAUGCCAAAUAUUAAGUGAUUUAUUUUUUUAAACAUAAAAACAUAGGAGUUUAGGCUAAAUUAUCAUUUGUAAAGACUUAACUUUUUAAGAGAGGAACAGUAUAUUCUAUGGCAUGUCUACAAUCCCCAAAUCAAAAGCCCUCUGAGCUGGGCAGAGGGAGGAGAAAUAUGGUUAUGAGAAUAUGAUUUAUUGAAUUGGAGAUUAAACAUACAGAAAAGUCAGCCCUGCUAAGUACAAAUAUAGCUGCAAGGAAAUAGUUUACCAGGAAAUAAUGUACAAAGGUAAAGUGCAGAUCUUCAAUAUUAAUAGACCAUACACUUUGAAUUCUUUCCUUUCCAUAUUCCAUCUUCUCUCCAUAUACUGAUUUUUUUCCUGGUUUCUUAGCUCUAACACCAAUAUGUCAGUGAGAUUUAUAAACAUGUUUUACAGAUUCUGAUGUCUUGUUUUUAUAUGAAAUGACUCCCUAAGCACAGUUCUACUUGUAUUAAGCCAGUGUGGAUACUAGUGGUUAAAGACGGUAAUUCUGGAGUCAAGCUGACCUGAGUGGUAGUCCCUGAUGGGCUCUGCAGUCCCUUGGUGACUCUGAAUCUUCCCAGGUGAGAGAGCUGGUGAUGACAGAAGCCCCUUCUGUCUUCCCGGUCCACGGUCUCAGUGAAAUGAACAAUAAUCAAAACAGGUUUUCCUUACCAAAUGCUACCCAGGCAGUGCUCUGUAAUUUGUUGUCACAUAUAAAAGUAUAUAUAAUAUGCAUGCCACGUGUUGGCCACUUACUCUGAAUUUUCAUCCUUCGUCCACCAUGGAUUUUCUGUGUUCCCGGAAACAAGUCACCUAAGCUCACUAUGCCUCAGUUUCCUCACGUGCAACAAGAGGGUAUCUUUGACCUACCUCCAAAAAUGUGAAGAAUAAAUAAAGUCAUUGUUUUUUAAAAGCUCUUUGAGAAUAUAAGGAGAAAAUGAUUUCUUAAAAUAUCACUGCCUGACACAGGUAGAUUUGAAAAUGGGAACUAGGCUAAUGCUGUCUGAUAAUGUAUCCUUCCUGCUGCAGAUUCAAGCAGAUAAGGACACUAAACACCAAGGACCAACAACUUCAUCUGCUGCAUUUUGUAAAUUUGGAGUAACAGCAAAAUAACUGUAAAUGAUCUUUAUCUAGAGAGAUGCACAUCUGUCCAGGGGAAAUACUUAUUAAAGCACAAGAAGUUUCCCCCAUAAAAUAAACCUUCAGGAAAAAAACCACACUUUCUUACUCCAAAGGAACAGUUAGCAAGCAGACAGGAAUCAAGGUAUUAGCUCAUGGUGGAUGAGCUUUGGCGGGUGUUGCCCUAACACUAACCAUGUUGGUGGUUGCCUUCCUCGCCGUUGCACAUCUUGCUUAAUUAUUUCUCUUCCCGGAAUGGCCUUAAGGUUAAUUUUGUAUUCACGUGGGCUGUUUAACUAAGGGGCUCUAAGCACUUUAUAAUUACGCUCUGAGUUCUGGGCUUGCCUCAUUUUUCUAGGCUUCUUCACAAGCUUUAAUUUUCAUUACCAUUCACAUUCCAUUUGGAUGUUUUGUUAAGAAGUAGGUCAAACUUUAUCUCACCUUAUAGAAUCUCACUGUUGCAUGGUUUCCAUUUUACCUUUCACUUACCUAUAUUUUGAAGGGUUUAAUGUGCAAAGCAAAAACAAAUUUUGAAAACUAAGACAGACCCACUUUCUUCCCUCCAGUUUCGAAUAUACGUCGUAAUUAAUACCUUUUAGUCUGUCUCAUCCCCUAAGUCAGUUUCUUUUUCUGAACUUACCUUUUUCUUGUGGAAACUGAGGAACACUGGGAUCCUUGUUGCCCUGGAGCGUGGGACCAUCAGUUAGCAGACAGCCCACCGAAAAAGGCAAGAUGUGCCGUGACCUACACAGACGGAGGACUCAUUGUGCACUUUCACUGUGUAAUUCUUUCUGGCUAGUUAAAAACAACUCCUCUUUUUUUCUCCUGCAUUUUGACAUUUCAUACUGAAUGCUCUGAUCUCCAGAAAAUGUGAUUAUUUAUUCAAACUAAUAAUAGAGGAAAAGAAGAGUUUUAGAAUUCAAUGCUGCUAAAGCACAUUGAAACCAAAUCCUGGUUUUAAUGUGUGUACAAUUUUGUAUAUAUAUUUUCAUCAAACAAGGAAGAAGAUUAAACAAAAUUGUUACAAAGGAAUGUGCCUUUCAGGGAUUAAGUUUGCAUCACUGAUAAAUAAAAGUAUCACUCUUACCUCUUACAAUGUACGUUACUACUGUAGCCAAUUGGGACUCCAUGUUUCCACCAUAUACUGAAUCCUUUUUCUAUUGUAAAAAUAUUUCUCCCAGGUUUCAUUUCUGUAUCAGGAUAACCCUGAGAAAGCACAUUUUUCUGUUUUGAGGAUUUUUUUGAGGAUUUGUGACUUCCUAUGGAAUUGUAUGUAUUUACAAAUGAAGUUUUUUUUCUUAAAGCUUAGCCUUAAAUACGUGAAUAAGAAAGCUUCUGCUUGCAAACUGAUUUACUUAAUAAUUAAGCAUGGUGGGGGUUAUGAACAUUACAAAACCUGGCUUGGGGGAGGGGUGCGUGGGCAAGGGGAAUAAAAACCUGGCUGAAUUCAAAUAUAUCAAUAAACUGUUAGGAGCUUAUGAAAUAAAAAUACUAUUAAAAAUACUUGCUGAGAAUUUCUCACACACUGUAAUUUUAGUCAUGUAAAAUAAGGAUGAAAACUAAUGAAUAAAAUAUUUUCAAUUAAGGGGAGAAAUAACCUUGUGAUUUUUUUUCUUCUUUAUUUAGAAAAAUUAUAAAAUUUAUGCUCAGAGUAAAAAGUUCAAACAAUAGAAGGUGUACAUAGAAAAGUCAUUCCCUCACUCUCCAGUCCUAUUCCCAGGAGUUUGGGCGUAAGUCUAGAUAUACCAAAUUGUUUAUAUAUGAAUGACAGAAGUGUUCUGUCCAUAUAUAAGCAUAUAUUGUGUUUAAAAAUCCAUAAAUGGAGUCACAUUAUACAUAUUUUUCUUCAAUAUUUUAAAAAACAAACAUUUCAUGGAUGUCUUUCCACGUUAGCACAUUUCCUUUUAAAGACUAAAUAGAUGAGUUAACCAGUUGCUUUCGGAUGGAUUCUGACAGCUCCCAGCAUGUUACACAGAGCACACUGACUAGGAGUGGGUGAGUGCUAGGGAAGUAUUCCUGACAGUUUACAGGUUUCAUGGACUAGAAUAGAGCCUGCAGAUUUAGGACAGACCUGAAAGCAACCUGGCAGGCGGGCGUGGGAGUACAGGUUCUCACCUCUGCUAAAAGAACAAGGUCAUUCGUAGGGCAGUUAUGAAACGUGCUAACGCCACCUCAGACAGUGAAGGGUAGCUUACACACAAAAAAGGUCACUGUCACUCCAUGCAGAGGAAAUAACUGAAGUGUUUCAGCAAAAAGCAAAAUAAAAAGAAAAUGGUAUAAGAACAAGCUCUUAUAUUAAUUUGGUGUCAAUAACAUGGUCCAAAAUAAACCAGAAAGACCAUGGCAAGUUGUAAUUGUGUUAAAGCUAAAACAUGACACUUACUGUUUCAAUUCAGUAGCUCUAAGAAGGUGAAAAAUGAGAAGUUUAUGUGGAUUACGUCUACACUACAUUGCUCUUUGGAAAAAAAAUAUGACCAACCAGUUAGAAUUUUGGUAGCAUUGUUACCUUUUCCUUCACGUCUGCAUCCUGGUGAUAAACUAAAGCUCUCAUUUUCUGGGCACAUUCUUCUCCAUAUAGCAGGUAAAACAGUGAACCUUUAGUGAAAGUAGGGUGAAUAACUAAACAGCCUUCCUUUUUGAGACAGUUAUUUAUAUUCUGAAAUAGCGUGAGAACUCGAAGAAGAAUCUCCUUUGCUACAUGGCCAUCAUAGAGCGAAAGGAAUGAUGAAUCCACCUGAAACAGCAAAACAACUGUAAGCUCCAUGAGGACAAGCACCGUCGUGCCGUCCUCCCUGGCGUAUACUGCCACUCAGCCCAGCCACACAGCGGGGACUCCAUAAAUGCUACUGUUUCACGGGAUGCUCAGGUGCACUGAACAUAAACAGGUACAUCUUGGACUAGAUCCAAAUAAAUGUGGCCACUGGAAAUGCACACAGCCCAUGUGAAAACAUCUCAACACAUCCGAAAAGGACUAAAAGUGAGGCUCUCCUGUAAUCACAGUUUGAUAACCUCAGAAGUAACUUCAGUGAAGUGGACUAUCCAGAGUCUGGCUUCACACCUGGGCCUUCUAAAAUGCUCGUGCGUUUUUCUCUCCACGGUGCCAGAGAGCACAGACCAACGCAGCAAAAUGUGGAUGACUAAGCAGUGCAACUGAUCGGAACCUCCGCGUAGGCCCCUUCUGUUUCCAGGCUGCUUCCUGACAAAUGGCCCUGGAUAAGAAUGCAUACCUGUCUGAGGGGUUUGCUCAGGUGAUUUCCACAAGGUGUCCCAGUUAACUCAGCUCCAUCUACGUAACGGGUCAAAGUGGAGUGCAGAGACGUCCACGACUAAAGCUUAGAAGUGUAAGGUUUAGAAUGAUUUUUCAACAAAUAACGGCUGAAUCAAACAAAAUGUUUGUUAACCCUGAAGUAAGCAAAAAAUGUGAUUACCCAGCACGUCACUCAGAGAUUCCUUUCAAUCAGGAUGGCCCUGUAUCUGGUUGAGGGGGAGCUAGCUAAUUCAUUUCAAUAAAAAGUAAACUGAUUUUCAGAAACACAAAUGAAUACCAAUCUAUUGAUAACUAAAAUAAGAGAUUAUUUUCACACAUUAAUUUUGAAAUUCAGUACUAGGGGAUAAAAAUAAUGUAUUUUCUGAGGCCCAUGUAAGGGUUUCCCUUAAACUUUUAACUUUCUCUUUCUGAGGGACCUCAACUAGGAUAUAGGUGACUUACAAAUUCAAUGCCAAUCUUAGUAAGCUGGAUGCAAUAGCUCUUUGCACUUUAAGUAAUGACAGCUUCCUUCGUACCUUGGUGCUUCCAUUUCCUGUGAGCAACACAUGGAACAGGUCUGUAAUGUAACUGCGAAGCAUGUGCUGGUGGUCGUUGGUAACUGUCAUGUUUGUUAACAGCCUCAGUCCGGCCAGCUGCACCGCGGAGUUCAGGGGGCCAGACAACACAUCCUCGCAGACUUGAUUCACAUACACCUGAAGGUGGGGGAAAAGGGAGCAUCUUAGAAGCUACUGAACAGUAGCUUUUAUGCACAGUGGAGCAGGGCGAUUACUCAGGAUGAGACUGUCUUCUUGAGAAAGAUGGCAUUUCUAUCCAGCCCUCAAACGUGGGCGACUUCCUUUUAAAGCUGCCCUUGUUCACAGCAGGUGCCGUGCUGGGCCUUUUAUAGAGAUCCCCCCGACAUCCCAGGACAUCGCUAACGAGGGAGUGUUAUUAGGGCCAUUUUACAGAUGAAGACUUUAAAGUCUUCAAGGAGCCUGGCUCCCCUGCUCACCUUUAUCAGUCAGUGGAGCAAUGUCCAACCCCAGAGACCAGGAUCUUAACACCAGUGGGGGCUCUCACUUGUUGGGGGCCUCCCAACUCAGUCUGCCUGUCUGUGUCUGGGCACACCAGGGCCAGGAGGAAGAUGUGUGGGGCCGUUCUGCACCAGCAAGUCCCUGAACAGUAGGGUCUAGGGGCUACAUCAUGUUAGAAGAAAAGAAAGGGGAGCGGGGAGGACAAAGUGAAAUACAACUUUUCUUUAGAGUUCUUUCUUUCAGAAGCAAGCAGAGGCCAGACUACUGGGCCCAGGGUUCUGACUUACCGAGGUGUAUGUACGUGAACUACUCCUUCCUGCUACCGUAAACCACUGCUGACGAAAAGUAACCCAGUGCCAGUGGUACACCCAUGUCACACAGGACAGAUCUCAGGUGAACCCAGGGUAAUGGAAAGUUUUCUAAAACUCUAUUUUCUGUCUGGCCUUUCCAGCUUGGAAACAUUGCGUCUUAAAAAUAAUUGGUAUUCACCUAAGUCUGAAUUCCACCAAAACUUCUAACUGGUAAGAAAAAUUUCCUAAUACGAAAUUCUAAGAAAUUGCCAAUUUUCCCAUGAGCCAGUACUGACUUUUGAAACUAUCCAAAUGUAUCCAUGUUACCAUCGAAACUAAAGUAACAGCAGUGAAGCAAAGAGAUUAGAAUUUUUAAUCUGGUUUCAAGAUCUAAAUAGUAUUUACAAAUCAAUCUGGCUCUCCUGGGUCAUAGUUUUAUUAGCCAUCCAUCCUUCAAAAAAUGGCAUUUCCUUAGCCCUUUACAAAUCAUCUAUUUUCAUAGGAUGCUAAUGUCUUUCAAAGCGUUUCCUAAAAUGUGCUGAGCAUGCACAUCCUUAUUACCUCUGAAUCUCUUCAGUUCUAGCGACAAGAUGACCAAACGGCCCAGCUCUGUUACUCCUGGAGCUGUGCCCACCUCACCUUGGUCCUUUCUCUUGGAUUCCCUCGUUCCUCAACUCUGCCUGGAGAAACUUUACAAGUUCUGAUGAGCGAGAUUCUUAAGAGCUACCUUUUACAGAAACUUGUGAAUAAGAUGCCUCAUUUCUGUGUAUUCAACAAUAUUUUACUUACAUUUUUCCUUAAAGUACUUCAUCAUGUUCUGCCUUGAAUUACAACUAUUUGUGGACUUGCCUUGUCCCUCCUUCUGGCUUUCCUCAAACAAGAGUUAAUCAUGUUCAUUUCUAAACUCUCUAACAGAGAGCAGGAGCUCAAUAAAUUUUUAAUUAACAUCA